ACUGUAAUGUAUUUCUUCGUGUGCAAGGUGUAUGUGGCUGAUGUUUAGCGAGUGUGUCGUGUAGGUGAUUAUUUGUACAUAUAAAGAAUGGUAUAUUCAACCACAAUGCGCUACAUAGAAACGUAUGAAGCGAGGAGGAUGACGCAUUCACAAGAAUCCCGGGUGUCAAGUUCACAGGACACGCUGUUUUUGAGAGAAGAAAACAGAACCAGUGUAUCAGCACUGGUGAAUGGAAUUAAUGCCUGUUUGAAUGGAGCUGAUGUAAGUGUAAAUAAUGAUCAAUUAAAAGUGGAAAAAAUGGCAGCCACAAGUAACCAAGAAGGAAGUAAUGAGCAGACGUCAUACCCAUGGCUCCCAAAAUUUGAGGAAUCGUGUCGUUCUGCGUUAGGUUGCAAAAGUAUCAAGAAAUUGGAGAACCUGAUCACAACAUUCCUGGGAUAUGUAUCAGAAAAAGUGAAAGAAUGCUAUACAAGACCUAAUCGUGCUGCCAAAUUGCGAAAGUGCAUAAAUGAGACAUUAUUGUUUUUUCACAUGUUUUAUCAAGAUGUAAGAAAGCCAGGAAAACGUUCAUCAUACCUAGAUUUGAUGUCAGAAUUGGUAGCCAUCCGACAAAAAGAGAAAGCUAAGAAGAUAACAUCCAGGCUUACCUCAGCAUUGUAUUUACUCUUAGAUAAGUCUGAGGAUCAUGUCUUGGAUGCCAUAUUGAAGGCAAAGCUGAUAAAUCAUCAGAGCAAAGAAGUGUGUCUUCCCAUGUUGGGGAAAAUUGUAAAUCAAGUUACAAUGCCAUUAAAUGAAAUGUCAUAUGUGCGUUAUGUGCUUAUAUUUAAACUUUUUAAGAAAGUUAUUCAGAGUAAAGGAAAGGAGAAACAACAGAAAUCUGAUGAAGAGAAACGAAUCAAUAAAUUGGCUGUGCUAAAAUUGAAACCACCAGACAACUUUGUAGAGAAAGCAAAAGUAUUUACUAAUGUUUUACCAAAGAUUCCUCCAAAAUCAAAGAAAAAUGUCACACAUUUUUUUAUGCAAGCCAAAUUAAAUUUAAAAAAUGCUUGCACUCACCUGAGCGUGGAAAAGGAAAAGGAUGUGGUGAUGGCAGUAGCAGUAGCAGUAGCACUGGCAAUGGAAGAGGAAGGGGCAGAGGCAGAGGCAGGGGUAAAGGCAGGGGCAAGGCUGGCAACACUCAGAAAGAUUUAACCUUCAUGAUUAACUGAGCACUGGAAGCGCAAUCACCUCAUUCACUCUGUUGGGAUAGCAUGUGAAGAUUUUCUGUGAAGAAUGGAAAUGUGUAUAAAGAAAGCUUUUAGAAAGCUGUACAUUUUUUGGACGAUUUGAAUGUAAUAGUGAAGGAUUUUUACUAGUACAUUUUUAUUGCCUGUGUAAAUUGCUUUAAAACAUUGUUUUAAGUCUUUGUAAAUAUAGAGUACAUGAAAGCACAACUUUCAGAUAAUGGUGCUAAAUUGAUGAAAAUUGCUUUUAGUUUAUUGGAAUAGUGUAUCUGCAGAUAUUAUUUUUCUAUAAAUGAAGCGAGUAUAGACCAUCCCACUAGCCCAUGAUCAAAGGUUGUGUUUUCAUUUGCAUUUGUCUCAUGUAUUGUACAGU